CCUUAAAAAAAGCGUGUAUUGCAUUGCUAUACGUUAGCAGUUAACAGUAGCUGUAGAACGAUUUAUAAAUUAUAGUGUUAAAUAAUUUAUUUAUUAUUAUACUUACUAGCAUACUAUAAAAAAUCAAUACUAUAUUAUAUAGUAAAUAGUAGGUCUGACCAGUCUUCAUUCGUGACGAACGCCGACAAUUGUAUUUGUUUGCUGAUAGCUACCAUCGGUUAGCAGCAAUUUUUGUGCUUAUUGCGAAAAACACAAAAUAUGUUAUUGAUGCUACAAUGGAUAGGGCUGUGACCAGAGAACCGAUUUGGCAUAAGUGCAGCUUUUGCCAAAAUGCCACGUUUGAGAAAUUAGAUCAGUUCGAAAGGCAUUUGUAUGAAAAACAUGGAACAAAAGUACAGAGUAACCAGUACUCUUGUGAGUAUGGAUCCAACAGAACUUGUAAUAUUUGGAAUAGUAAAAGUUCUAGUGAAACGGAAUAUAAAACGCACGUUGUACGAGACUAUGCAUUUAGAUCUUCUACUGCCAUUCCUUAUCGUAAAACAUCAGAUAGCAAAAGACCUUCCGAUGAGUGGAAUUUUUAUUCAGCUUCUCAAAGUCUUGCGACCGUUUUAAAUGAUCCAAGGCGACCUAGACCUAAAGACUUUUUUACCAAGAUUUGGGGUGAUAAAUUCUCUGAUCUAAGUCCAAUUCCACCACCUCUACAUUUGCCUAUAAUAAAACCUCAGUAUUUUCAAACUUAUCUUAAACGAAUAGCAAAGAGACACAAAAAACAUAUAGAACUUGAUAAAAAUAAAGAAAAAGAAGAUUAUCCUGCGGAAAUCCUUCAACAAUUUCCAAAUUUAAGAUUAUCAAAAUCGUCAGACAGGGUUAGUUAUGAUCUAUCCGAAGUGCCAUCCAUAUUCUUAGAGUCCCAGUUCGAUCUCAGUAAUUCUGAAACAUUUUUUACUGUGUUUCCCAACAUCUUCCCCACUUUAGAUAACUUUGCCAAAGUUCCUACAGCUAAUAUUAAGAUAUCAGACAAAUCUGUACAGGAAAAGUUAAGUCAUUACUUGGAUACCGUUGAGGUGAAAAUAGCGCAACAAGUGAGUUCUAAGUCCGAAGCUUUUUUUCAUACAAUGACAUCACAUGAUACACUCAUGGAACAAAUUCGCCAGUCUAUUCAACUGACUCGACAAUUAAGAUGUAGAAUUAGGCAAGUAGAUGAAGAACUAGUGACAAAAUCAAUGUCUAUUUUGAAAAACAAUUCAACAAUAUUGAACCAUAGUAGAGUUAUUGAAAAAUUGAAAUUAAUGUCCACUGUGUAUCACACACAAACAACAAUACAAGUUUUACUUUCGGCUGCUGACUACGUUGCCGCUUUAGAUUUAAUUUAUACUACUAAGGACCUAUUAUCUAAAGAACUUUCAGGAGUUCAUUGCUUCAGGCAUUUGACUUCCGAGUUGAAUGAAAUUAUUAAAAUGAUAGAUGCUUUGAUGGCUGGUGAAUUCGAGCGCUGUUCGUCGGCAGAUUUAAAUAGACCGUUAGUUAGUACCGAUACAGAAGUAUUAGAAAAAGAUAAAUUUUUUUCAAUACUAAUGGGCAUGUUACGGCGUAAAAAUUGGGCGUUCCUUGAGGCUUACAGCAAAGAAUGCACGGAGGCCAUAAGUGCUGCCAUAAAAAAAAGCGUAAUUGAUAUAGUUGCCAACAGUGAUAUGGAUCACCAGGUUAAUCAGUCUUCAAGCUUAGAAAGUUAUUUGCACUGUUUAACAUCUAAUGAAUGGCUAAAGAUGCUAGAAAACUGCUCGUAUACAUUGUCAAUACUUAUACAAAGAAUAAAAGCAGGAUACAAAAUUAUGCUACAUGCUCUUAAUGUAAAUGCGAAAAAAUUGCUCAGUAUGGAAGACAACACAAUCGGCAUGGAUGAAAUGUCGUUUGAGUCAAAUUUGAGUGAAGAAGAAUACUUGAAAGUAAGAGCCAAAUUAACUAAUUUAUUAAAUUCAGUUACCAAAUACGCUGUUGAAAAGUAUGCUCAAUUAGUCACUAAACGUUCAAGUGCCAAGGCUGAGAUUGAACAAGUUAAUGGAAAUACUGAACAAUCCGAUAGUAACGAAGAGAUCAAUAAUUGUUUGUCUGAUCAAAAACAAUUGUUACGUUUGAAUGAAUGUAUAAAAAAAUUAAGUGACAGUUAUGUUGAAGUCUGUUCUAAUCAGGACGUGGGAUAUAAAAUUUUACAGAAUGCAAUGCAAUCAGAGGCUAAUAAGUUUGUGAAAAAGUUCCAUACUGAUAAAAUCAACAAAUUACAAUUGAUUUUGGAAGCUGAAAAUUGGAAACAAGCAGAUGUGCCAUCAGAAUUUCAGGAACUUGUCGAGUACAUUCAGAAUACUGGCAAAUUUUCUAUACCCAAGCCCUUAACGCCUAAAGAACAUACAAAACCUGGUCAAGUACUAAUUUUAAAUGAUGAAAAUUUCGUAGUGGUUGGGACAGUACUGAUUUUAAUUAGAAUGGCAAGUGACUAUUGUAGCAAAGCAGACGAGAUUAAUAUGGCAGCUAAUGGUUUGUUACGCUAUUUGUGUGAUAUUCUUCGAGAGUAUAACUCCAGAUCGUAUUAUUUGGUGCUCCAGGCAAAAGCAAUAUCAAACAAAACUGGUCUGAAGAAAAUUACGUGUACAAAUUUAGUGUUGUCACUUAGAGCGUUGCAAUUACUGCUUUGUCUGUUGCCCCAUUUACAAGUCCAUUUUGUCAAGUAUUUGGAAGAAUCACAAGUGAAAAAUCAAUUGAAUCGAGUGACAAUUGAGAUAAAUAAGCACACGAAUGACAUUCAAGAUAAGUUGCAUGAUAUCGUGAAGCAAAUCAUUUUGAAUCAAAUGUCAAGUUGGGAAGCUAAACCUCCCAUUCCAUCAAAGUCAUUUCAAAAUAUUUGCAAGCACAUAUGCAAAUUACACGAGGCAAUAGCGAGUAUAUUGCCCAAAACUCAAAUUGAGUUUUUAUAUAGACGAAUACACAUAACGUUCAAAGAAAUUUUGCACAAUUGUAUUCACAAAAUGGACAACACAAACAACGAUGGACCACUUCGCGGAAUAGUGUCGUCUGAACUGAUGUUUUAUGUCAAAUCUCUAGAAAGCAUCAAUGUUUUACCCAAAGAAGAAAUGGCUUUGCAGUCGAUGAAUGAUAUAUGGGAUGAAAAAUUGUCUACGAACAAUAGUCAGUGAUAAUGGAUUUUCGGAAGUUGAACAAAUUUGUUUACUAAUAAAAAAAAAAAAAUACCUUUAAAAUAUAUACCUGUUAUUCAAUGUAAUGAUUUUAAAUAUUGAAAUCUAUAUAAAUUCUAAAAUUAAGUCAUAAAAUAAACAGUAAUAAUAAAUAAAUAAAUAAAUGUGUAUUAUAUGCAUUAUAUAAUAAUUAAACAAAUUGCUAUUUUUUUAUCGGUUAUAUAAUUAGAAAUAAACUUAUGUAAUAUGUCCCAAGCCAAUAAGGGCAUUUUUUUUAAAUUGAGGGUUGAGUAUAAAUUAAUUAUUUGUAUUUAUUUAUUGUUAAAAAAAAAAUAUUGUAUUCUAUCAUAAUGACUUUUAUGCUGCUAAUGUUAUUUUUAAAAGUAGAUAAUAUAAAGUUGUAAUUUUAGACUGAACAUUAUCGGUAAAAUUUAU